CUACAACUCCCUUAGGAUACAGUGCCUGUCAUUACUGUAUUGUGCAUGGCUUCUGUUGGUAAGAAUAAAGAGAGGUCGCCAAGCAAGUCUCAAACAGGUAGAUAAUUAAAUGGUUUGAAGAGUUCGCUAUCGUAAUUCACAUUUCGGUUCAUGAUGGAGAUGGAGGAUGGCAGACCUUUGCACGAGCUGAGGUUUGACGCCGCUGUCAAAGUGAUACAAAGCUUGCCUCCAGACGGUUCCUUUCAGCCCUCUAAUGACAUGAUGCUCAGGUUUUACAGUUACUACAAACAAGCCACACUUGGACCAUGCAGCAUACCCAGACCUGGCUUUUGGGAUCCGGUGGGAAAAGUUAAAUGGGAUGCAUGGAGUGAUCUGGGAGAUAUGACCAAGGAAGAGGCUAUGACAGCUUACGUUGAUGAAAUGAAGCUGACAGGAUCGCUUGGACGUCAGUGGACACUAAAUGUGUUUGCUGUCUUAUUUAAACGACAGAUCCUUGAGGGCAUGCCCUGUACAGAUGAGGUAGAGCAGCUUCUAAAGGUGCUGGGCCCAUUCUACGAACAGGUGGAAGAGAAAAAGCAGAUACAUCAGGUGUCAGACCUGUCCGCAGGUUUUGGAACCAUGCUAACAUCAGCACCUUCAAAAAGUGUCACAAAGAGCCUCAUUAGGACAAUGGAAAUGAAUGGCACUUUGGAGACACGGAAACCCAGACAGGCUGUUGAACCUCCGGAGCCCAAAGUCAUGGCACUGAAGGAACAGGGGGAGGAAGAGGAGUUUGAGUUUGAUGAGGAAGAUGAGAUGGAGGAUGGAAAAUUAGAAAUUGUUGAGAUAAAAGAGGUGAAAAAAGCCUCAGCCCCACAGCCGGAGAAAAAUGGCUCAUCCAGGAGAACUAAAGUACCCCUGUUCAAUGGUAAUGUGUGGAACGGAGUGGGCCACCUCCCCAAUGGGACCCACACCUCCAAGGCUGCCCUGAACAGUGAGGACUCAGAGGAGGGCCUCACCAACAGCACCCUGCCCUUGGAGCCCCAUGUCCAGGUCAACGGCCACCACGCAGAUCUCAACGCGGAUGUAUUCAGGCCCUAUCGCACCGCCAGUGACUCAGACAGCGAGGUCUACUGCGACUCCAUGGACCAGUUUGGCCUGGAAGAGGGCUCUGAGGCACAAACUGACCGCUGUCUGGAGCUGGAUGAGGAACAUGGGGAAAAGGGGGAGACUAUUGGAGGGGACAGUGUGACGGGCAUCCAGUGUGGCGCGGAGGAUGGGGAGACUUGUGGAGGGGCCUCUCAGAGACUGAAUGCAGGCAGGCCCAAUAGCUCCCUGGUCGGGAGAGAACGAGGUUCUAGGUCUUCAGGGCACAGUCCAGGUGCCCAGAAGCCCUUGCAGGGUAGCGGGGGGGACGGGGAGCGGUGGGGGGGAGCAGGGACACGAGGAGGCAGUCUGAAUGAACAGAUCGUAGUGGCGCUGGCCAGACUGCAGGAAGACAUGCAACAUGUCCUGGACAGACUGCACACACUGGAGGCCCUCACUGCAUCCCAGGCAAGGUCACCGGCUCAACCAUACCCACCAUCACCCCUGGCAAAGAAGAAUAGUAAGAAACCAUCCUGGUGGCCUUUCAACGUGUCUCCCAGCACUGUAGCCUUUGCUGUUGUGUGGCCAUUUGUGGUGCAGUGGCUUAUCCGCCGAUAUCUUCAACGUAGGAGAAGACGAAUCAAUUGAAAAAUCUCCCAGCCCAAAUACACAAAGCGAGAAGAGUAGACUAUCAACAGUCUUUGGUUUGUUAACGACCGUCGCCUCCCUUAUGCUUUCCCCCACACCUCCGUAACUCUAGCUUUUGCGCUAUGAAGAUUGCACUGUGAGUGGUGGAAGCCUCGCAACCCACUAGAAUUGAAAUCAAAGAGAAAUGUGAAUGUAUUGAUCCACAGCUUGUAAUCGUGCAAGCUUUUUUGAGAUGAUAGGCUACAAUUACUUUACUACAUUAGUAAUUAUUUUACUCUUAAGAAAUUAUUAGGAUUUAACUUGGGAGGGGAAAGUUAUUGUUUAUGUAUGUUGAUUAUUGCAUUGUUCGUAGAUAGAUCACAAUAGUUUAUUUUAUUGCAAGUAUGCCAUACAUCUUAUGGGCAUUAUAAGAACUAUCUAACUUGUCCUGCAAAUGCCUGCCAUGGACACACUGCAAUAUAAACCAUAGGCCAUAUAUCAUAAUAGUUUCUUAGGCAAUGCUGCUAAUAUAUUGUGAUAACUGUAGGUAGAUAAAGUGUAGAAAUAAUGAUGUAUUCUUUGAAAGGUACAUUUAAUUCUGAAAACAUAUUUUUUUCUAAUAACAUGAAAUGAAAAUUAAGGCUUUGUCUAGUCUUUGGUUAACCAGGUUGUUGUACAUGACUGCUAAAUGUUUUCUCUAGGAUGUGAAUGGUUCAUAUUUUGUAACAUACUUCAUAUCUGAUCAUGUUUUUAUACACAUAGCUUGUGUAUUCUCUGAAUUUCCUCAACCCAUGAUAAAGUGCCUCGCCAAUUUAAGUUAUACGGGGUACUUAAGUACCUUACUGUGAUUGUUUUCAAUUAAAAUGGUGAAAAAAGUUACCAAAAAUUGCUUCUUAGCAAAGAGCAAUUUCUCAAGCAAGAAUUUUCCUAGGGCUGUCUGGGGGAGUGGUGUGGGGAAACUGAACAUUUGCUGUUAUUGGCAGAGGUUUGGAACUUUCUUAUUGGUCUAGUAACUAAUUUAACACCAGGUGACAUCAGGCAGGCCAAAACAGGCUGUAAUUUCAAACAGCGCUUACAGUGAAAGGGCAUUAUCAUAAUUUUCACAGUAUUAUUCCAACCUCAGUGUGGAAAUAUAAAACACAGGAAAAUCUUUUUUUACUGGGCUUUUAAUAGCAAUAUUCUUAUGUAGCAAAGUUUAUUGUGAUGUGUAAAUUUGGUCAUGUAUGGUGUCUGUUUUUAAAUCUGUUAGAUUAAAAAAAACAUUGAAUUGGUUCAUGUAGUAUACAUUGUUUAAAAAUAGCUGUACAGUCCAGAUUAAUGCAAUAUUUUAAUUGCAUUCUAAUGUACUAUAUGAAUCUAUAUCAAAUUAAUAUACAUAAGAUUUACAUUGGCAGUAGAGCCGGUGCCCUUUUCAGUGCCAUUGAUUUGUUAAAUACAUUUUCUACUAAAUAUGAAUCUAAAGCGUUCACAUUUUCUGCCUUAGGCGUAGAUGGUUGUUUGCAUGUGAUCUGUCGUCCAAGGCACAAAGGUAAUAAAGCAUUUUGAUCUGUUUGACUGAAAACAAAUUCCUCUUAUGAAGGUUCACAACACACACAAGAUCCGACCACGCAAAUGUUUUGGUUCUUCGUGUAUCAUGGGAAGAGAAAAAAAAUGAGCAAUCACUUCACACAACAUCCAUUUUAAUUUGUACAUUUUUCCUCAUAAGAAUGUAAUUUUUUUUAAAAAAAGAUCCUACAAGAAAUAAAAAUAUUUUGUGGAGAGUAUC